GUUUCGGUUAGUUAAAACCAAACCAAACCAAUUAUGGUCGGAGUUUUUUUUCCAACACCAAACCAAAUUAUAAUCAAAUUUUUUACUCGGUUUGACUUGAAUUAUCGAAUUGGUACAGUUUGUCGGUUUCCUUUGUACACCCCUAGUAAUUACUAAACCAACGGUGACCGAAAAUUUUGUUUCAGUACAAAGGGGAUGAAACGAAACAGGAAAAAACAAAGGAAUUAAUAGAGCCACAAGUUUUUUCUCAAUUGAACAAUAAAAAUGACGAAAGACAAAGAAAACCAGGAAUUGGUGACUAAGAUAAAUUUAAUUAGAAGAAUACAUUUGCGAGGUAGUAGUAAAAGAACCAACUCCUUUACAGCAAUUAAGCAAGAACUUUCCAAAAGUAGGUGUACUUUAUUAAGGAGCCUCCUUUUAAGUUGUGACUAUUUUGCAGUGUUCAUUUAUGAUGGGCAAAAGAAAUAUUAUAUUCAUAAUAUUACUAUUUUGCAUAGAAAUUUCCGUUCUAAUGCGAACAUAUUAGGUGGUAGCUAGGAAACUUAUGGGACUACAAAUCGUAGGACUUAACCAGAGACGAUAAAUCCAAGGAUGCAGAAGGAUUGGAUGAACGAUAUGGUCAAUGUAGGAGUUGAAAUUAGGAGUGACCCAUCUUCCCAUACCCAAACUUCAAUUUCUAGCUUCAAUUUCUUUGUGUCAUCCUCUCAUUAAAUGGUUCCAUGGGCUGUUACAGUAAGUCAUAUGCCUUGGAUUUUGUAGGUUGUAACUCUUUUAGUACACUCUUAAUUCGAAUCAUGUUAUUUAUAGGCGUUUGUAUACGUUAAAGACAUUAUAUAUGGACUUAAUUAUAAGAGUAUUUUUCUAACUUGUGAUUUAUAUUUCUUUAAAUAUUUUAUUUAAUUAAUACUCCACUAAUUGAAAUAGUAAGAGUAUAUUAGAAAAAGAUUAAUAAAUGACUUUCUUAGUUUUUACAACAUCAAAUAGUUUGAAAAAAUUUAAUUUGUCAAAACUAUUAAUAUUUGAGAUUGGAGUAGUAUUGAGCAAGUUCAUAACAAUUACAAAGAAUACAGCGUAUACACUUUUUGAUCCAACAGCCAUCACCCUCCAUGCCCCUUUUUUCUCCUUAGACUGAUCCAGCACCUAGCAGAUAAAAUUCCACGUCAUCGUUCUUUUCAUGAAAAAUGGAGUUCAAAUUUGUUUCCAAUGCUGAAGUUUAAUAGUAAUACUGAUCCUCUUUCAUCUUCUUCUUGGACAUCGUCUUCGUCGAGAACGCUAAAAUUGAGGAUUCUACAUCGAAAUCAACAGCAAAAUGCUUAUUUUGUCAAGUUUAUAGCUCAAGACAAAUCUUUGUUGCUUACCAAGGCUCUAGGUCGCCACAAGCAGUGAUCAAGUCUUGGCAAUCAUGGCAUGCAGUUGUGUAUCCAUAAUAAGCUCUCCUGUGACCAAAAGCUCUAAAGAUGCGUGGAAGGAGCAAGACAACUUCCGGAGUUCAUUUUCGAGCAAAGGGACUCGCGAAAAGGCUCAAAUAAGAAGAUCCUAUUCCGACAACCACCUGUGCUGUCGUGCAAAUCGUAUCCAGAGUUCAGCAACACAGCCAAAACUGAAGAGUAGUCAUUCCACAGGAGGUCCCUUUAAACUUCAGUUGUCAAGUUCUUUCCUCCCUGAUUCUCUUCGGUCGUUCUUGUUUGAUAUUGACACCAAUAAGGAUAUUAACAUAGAGGACGUUAUCUUUGAGACUGAUCCUGACCAUGAUAAUGAUCAUGACAACAACGGGAUAGAGGUUGAGGACGAAACAAGAAGGUCCAAUUGGAUUCGAAGGCUCGUGGAGCUUAGGAGAAAUUGGAUAGAGAAACAGAAGAAGAAUGACACUGCAGAGAUGCUCGAAGACAACAUGGAAAGUAGUGGAGGAGGUUGUGAGGAUGAAGGUUGUGAUGUAGACUAUGAAGAUGAUAAUGAUGCAGCUGGGGAGAUGAACAUUGAUAGAGAAUCCUUCUCCAGGUUGUUAAGGCGAGUCUCCUGGUCGGAUUCAAAGCUUUUCUCUCGGAUGGCGUUCCUAUGCAACAUGGCUUAUGUUAUUCCCGAGAUUAAGCCCGAGGAUUUAGAGAGAUGCUAUGGUCUAGACUUCGUAACAUCUUCCUUGGUGAAAAAAGCGGAAGCUAUGGCUAUCAAAGCCAAGUUCGACAAGGAUUCAAUUCGUAUUCUAGUGCCAUCAUCAGAUAGUGCAGUGCCUAAUACAGAUAAAACAGAGGAAACUGAGCAUAAGCAUCUACCUCGGCCAUCUGUUGCUUAUGAUAUAGCAGUUUCGGCAGCAUCUUAUGUCCAAUCCCGUGCUAAGGACCUAUUAUCACUUGGCAAUGAAACCAAUUUGGCAGUUGAUGAUGUGACCUUGAAAGGCAAUAAAGAGUGUUUCACAGAUGAAAAAGAUAACUCUUCCCCAAGGGUAUACAAGUCAGAGAUGGCUGCAUAUGUAGCUGCAUCAACAAUGACAACAAUGGUUGCUGCUGAUGAGGAACAAAAACUGGAGGCAGCAAGGGACCUUCAAUCACUGCAGUCCUCACCUUGCGAAUGGUUCAUUUGUGAUGACUUAACCACAUAUACUCGUUGUUUUGUUAUUCAGGGAUCAGACUCAUUGGCAUCAUGGCAGGCAAAUCUUUUCUUUGAACCCAGCAACUUUGAGGAAAUGGAUGUGUUGGUUCAUCGAGGAAUUUAUGAAGCUGCAAAAGGAAUAUAUGACCAAUUCAUGCCAGAGAUAAUGGAGCAUCUGCAGAGGUUUGGCAACAAGGCAAAGUUUCAAUUUACCGGCCACUCUCUUGGAGGAAGCCUCUCACUUUUGGUCAACUUAAUGCUGCUAACUCGAAAGGUCGUCAAACCAUCCUCUCUUCUACCAGUUGUCACUUUUGGAUCACCAUUUGUGUUCUGUGGUGGUCAAAAAGUGCUCAAUGAUUUGGGUUUGGAUGAGAAUCAUGUGCAAUGUGUGAUGAUCCAUAGAGACAUUGUCCCGAGGGCAUUUUCAUGCGUCUACCCAAACCAUGUGGCCCAAGUCCUCAAACGUUUGAAUAGUACAUUCAGAUCCCAUCCGUGUCUGAAUAAGAAUAAAAUGUUAUACUCUCCAAUGGGAAAAAUAUUCAUCGUCCAGCCUGAUGAGAAGUCAUCCGCUCCUCACCCUUUUCUUCCUCCGGGCAGUGGCCUUUAUACCCUAGACAACAACCAUUGUGCAUUUACUAGGAGAGCUUUCAGAGCCUUUCUGAAUUCUCCACACCCAUUAGAAAUUCUAAGUGACCCUACAGCAUAUGGUUCUGGUGGUACAAUUCUCAGGGACCAUGACUCGAGCAAUUAUCUGAAGGCAGUGAACAGCAUUAUAAGACAACGGAAAAAGCUCCUUGUCCGGAGAGUAAGAAAACAGAGGAACAUUAUUUGGCCGUUAUUGGCUUCACAAUCUCCACAUGCAUGGAGCCAUGAGCGCAACAUGGAAACUAGAGGAAUAUUAAGAAAGGAAAUAAUGUCAAGCGUUUGAUUUCUUAGCGAGAAUUCAUACCCCCUCCCUUGAGUUUUCUCUUGCCUCAGACGUGCCAAAUUACAAACUGUUAGAAGAGCUCAACCUCAUUUGAGAAGUCUUCCUGCCAACUAGAACCUCUUAAGUUAUCCUAUAACAUAAGAUUUUGACAGAACCAUAAGAGGGAGAAAAUGGUUCAGCCUAUUAUAUGAAGACUGUUGAUGUACCAUAUAGCAACAAAGUGCUGAUUUAUCAGGAAAGCAAUAAGCAAAGGAGACUGGUAUGGCUACUAUUCUUCACACUGCAAUAUUGAAGUGCAUGGUGUUAGUAACGAUCUUCGGAAAAGGAGAACGGAUAUAGUAAUGACAGAAAUCAUAAGAGGAAGUACAGGAAAUGUUUCUAAAAGUUGUCAAAUCGUAUCAUCUUGUAUAUAGUCUAGUGAGUCACAACACCUUGUCAAGUAAAUUUAUCAUGGAAAUAGUUGUUUAUAAUGUAAAUAAAAUGUCACUUGUGAGUUGUGAAGUCUUACUUGAAAACUAGUAAUAAGAUUUUGGAAGCUCAUCUCCCAUCA